UCUAAAGUACCUUGGAACAAUAUUAGAAAAUUAACAGACUUAGUGUAAAUUUUUGCUGUGGUUCAAAUUCAUUCUUCUGAAAAAUGCAAGGACUUCAAAAUACGCCUUUUACGAUUGAAAAUAUUCUAAGUGGAAGUGUAUUUUCUAAGCCUAAAAAGAAGGAAGAGAAAAGUGAUGAAAUGUCCUUCAGCGAAAUUUCGGAUCUACGCCUGAGUUCUGCGAGUCCUGAGCCUGCAGACUGUGUAGAUGUGGAGGGUACGGAUUCGGAUUCAGAAGUGUCCACAAUGUCACACGUUACUUCUGUUUGGACAUCAGAUGUUGAACUCCCCAGGAAAGUAUCUCAAGAGACAGAAUCUAACCAAGAUGCUUUACAAAACCAAGAGAGUGACAGACUGGACGAAGUACAAAUAAAACAGAUCCUACCAUGUAAACCAAGAAAGAAAAGAUCAAGAGCAGCGUUUUCGCAUGCGCAAGUUUUCGAGUUGGAGCGGCGUUUUCGGCACCAGCGCUACUUGUCCGGCCCUGAAAGGACCGAUUUAGCCAAUACCUUGAAACUGACAGAGACACAGAUAAAAAUAUGGUUUCAAAACAGACGUUACAAGACAAAACGGCGACAAAUUCAGGAACAAACGUGUAUAAACACUGCCAAAAAAGCAGACGUGACAUUGCUAAUAAAAGACGGGAAGCGGAUUUAUUCUAACGGAGAAGGUCAAAGGUCAAUGAUAUACCCAUCAGUACCAAUACCGAGUCAUCUAGACUAUCGUUAUUUUUACUUUGUGCAAUGAUUAUAGUUUUCAUUCAGUUACGUAUAAUUUGUUAUAUAAUUCACGCUUAGUUCCACGUGCUACAGACAGUUGCAUUCUUUGCAAUUUGUGAAGGGAAACAUUAAAUUUGUACUAGGAUGUUUUGCCCACAAAGUUCGAUCGUUAAAGUUCUUCACAAUGGAGUACCGACUGGCUCUUUCAAUGCAGUUCCGGAAAUGAAACACUUACUUUAUGGGAUAACAGAAUAGCCUUCUUAAUUCCUUAAUAAGUUAAGUGAAAUCUCGGAAAUUAAGUUAGUACCACACGAAACGACAAAGACUUUUUACACUUUGUCACCUUCAUAGUUCUCGAUGAAAAUGAAUUCCUCCUGCUAAUUAAUAAGAAAAUUUUAAAAACAUACUCUAGGAUUUGCAC